UGUUGGUGAAAAUAACCGGUGCCGAGGAAAACAAACAACACGUGGACGGGGACGGAACUAUCACGUUUAGGUUUCGAGGCAGUUUUCAGUUUUCCCUUCACCACAAUGAUAGGUAGCGGUGAAGAUUGCGAUGAUGGCUGGGCAUAUAACAAGAAAAUUGACUCUUAUGAGAGUAAUGACGAGAUCAGAAAGUUCCAGAAGUGGAAAAAAGACGAACAGAAGAACGCAGUUCAAGCAAAGCGUUUUGAAGAUGAGUCUGCAGGAGUGAAGAGGAAGGCUGAAGAUGAUGGAACAAAACCCCCAAAAAAAGAUUGGAAGGCAAUAAAGGCUGAGGCAAAACUGAAGAAGGAGAAGAGGAAAGAGUGGAAGGGUGGGAGUGAGGGAUAUAUGUUAGGAGUGAGGAGUAAGAAGAUUUGGGAGGAGCUUCGUCAAAGUAACUGUAAGAAGGAGAGGAAAAAUGAAUUGUGUAAGGAGCUUUGGAAUCUAGUGAAAGGAAAGGUGAAGUCAAUCAUCUUUUCUCAUGACACGGUGAGGGUCAUUGAAACAUUAAUGGCUGUUGGAGGAGAGCAAUAUCGUACGGAAUUGUUUGAAGAAAUGAAGAAUGACAUCCUUGAAAUGAGCAAGAAUAAGUACUCACGCUUUUUUGUUCUGAAGAUUCUUCGUUAUGGCUCUAGGGAUCAGAAGGAUUUUGUUAUAAAAUCAUUGAAGGGACAUACUGCCACACUGAUGAAAAACAAAAUUGCUUGUGAUGUUGUGGAAUUAGCAUACAAUGACUAUGCGAAUGCCAAACAGCGUUCUUUGAUGACCCAAGAGUUCUAUGGCCCAAGCUUUCGCUUGUUUCCCAAUGAAGAAAUUCGGUGUUUAGAAGAUGCCUUGAACUCAAAUCCUUUAAAGAAAGAGACGAUCCUCAAAGAUCUGCGUAGCGCAUUACAGCCCAUUAUUGAUAAAGGCGUUUUUACCAACACAAUGGUGCACACAUUACUUCGUGAUUUUCUUACAUCUUGUUCUGAAGCAGACAGGACUGCAAUGAUUGAAUCAUUACGGGAGUCACUACUUCCCAUUGUACACACAAGGGAUGGUGCACGUGUGGCCAUGAUAUGCCUGUGGCAUGGAACAGGAAAGGACAGAAAGGUUAUAUUGAAGAGUUUCCGGACUCACAUGGUCAAAUUAGCCACAGAUCCCCAAGGUUAUAUGGUUCUACUUGCUGCUUUUGAUUGUGUGGAUGAUGUAGUUUUCUUAAAAAGUGUUGUUAUCAAGGAGCUUUUGGAGGGUAUACAGAAUAUAGUGGGUACAGAUUCUGGACUGCGUGUCUUGCGGUAUAUAGUGGCACCACGCAGUUCUUUGUUCUUCCAGCCUGCUGUUGUAGAUCAGUUGAAACCUGGAGAUGGCAAUGCUUACAGUCGCAAAGACACUGAUAUCAGGCAGAGGGAAAUUCAAGAAGCUGCAGCUGAUGGCAUUUUGUCUCUCUUGAGUGGUAACAUUCAGAGCUGGGCCUUGAAUGCUAACUGGACACUCUUCAUUGCAGCAGCAUUGGAAACACUUCCAGGAAGUUAUGUGAGCACUAUAUUUGGUCAGUUGGCUGAGCUAUGCAAUGCACCUUAUGAGGAAGGAAUAAAAGAUCAUGUACUGGAAUUGGCUCACACAACAAAAAUGCUUACGAAGAUUAUAAAAUUUGAUAAGCACAGAUAUGCAAAGGAGAAGCCAACAUUUAGUGAGGUAUUGUUAACAACUGUUGGGGAACGACUAAGUAGCUGGCUGGAUUCAAAUCGAGGAUGUUUCAUGUUAGUGUGCAUGAUUGAAACAGAAAUAAGUAAGGUAAUUAAGUCUGUAAAGAACAUUUUAUCCCAACAUCUUGAAAAGAUUGAAACAUUGACAACUCCAGGUGGUAAAAUUCUGUCCCAAAAACUGAAGGACAACAUCCAAGAGUAAGCAUUUGUUAUAUUGGUAUCAUAGUUUAAUCGUAUAGGUUUCAAAAGUACCACUACAUAAAUCAAAUAUAUAUAUAUAUAUAUAAAACACUUUUGAAUUGUUUUAGUGUAUUGUUAAUAACACAGUGUAUAUGUAAAGGGACUAACAUGUCUUUUGUCACAGUCUGAAACCUGAACUUUCAUUUCUGAUAGUAUGUCAGUUAAUGUAUAUUGAUAAUUUAAUGGAAAAUCAAUAAAUAAGAGAAGUAAA